UCUUCCUCUAGCUGAGAGUCUAGGGAGGGAUUCUCUGUAUGACCGUUUCUAUAUUUUAGUACUUCCCAGCAUAUACCAUGUCUUGAUGUGCUACAAACAAAUCAAUUCUACUCGAACACGCCACUUACGAACACAACCCCCUCCAUCGCCCAAUCCCACACCAUGUCGAUCAACCAAGCUCACUCGCACAUCCUCACGCACCUCCAAAACACCAAAUCCCUCACCGUCUCCGAACGGUGGCUCAGCCAAUUCCUCACCUCCGUGAACGCCUCACAGCGCACAAUCCCUCUUUCCGCACUGACUCAAACCGCGCUCUUCCGCAUCCUCGCGUCCGAUUUCACCGAGUCACUCUCGAGAUCAGACUCCUCCGCCCUCCUCCCUGCCGACAUAUCCGAUCCAGCCGUCCAAGAACGUCGGAUCUUGGGUCCCGUACCGGUACAAGUCCUAGAUAUAGACGAUAUCGGCUCUAGUCUCUGGAGCCAAGUCGAGGCCAUCGAGCGCGUCGAGCGGGGAGAAGCUAUUCGCGGCCGAGAGAUCAUCCGAACUGUCAACGUGGAUGAUACGCCCACAGAGGAGCAUGAUCGAUCCACCACGAACGGGAGCUCGAACGCGAAUGGAGCAAAUGCAACGGUUAAUCGCACCACUGCUGAUCCGGGCUCAAACACUGCGGGAAACGGACCUCAUCGUCUCGUAUUGCAGGAUGCGGCAGGGACGAAUGUUACUGCCAUCGAAUUGAAAGCAAUUGAUGGUAUUGGUAUUGGGAAAUUGCCUAUUGGGGCGAAGAUGGUGCUGAAGAAUGCGACUGUUGCGAGAGGGAUGGUUCUUUUGGAGCCUGAGUGCGUGACUUUGCUUGGAGGGAAGGUUGAAGCGGCCGAUAAGGCUUGGAAAGAGGGUUUAAAGGGAAGGUUAGUGGCGCGCCUUGAGGAGAUGCAGGUGGAGGGUCAGAAUGGUGAUGAUAGGAUGGAAGAAUAAAUGGAGUAAACUUUUACGGCGUAUGUGAGAUGGAUUUAUGAUACCCAGGUUUUAUAUCGCGAAAAUCGCAUUUGAGAUUACGAGUUAAUACAUAUAUCUAGUUAUAGAGGGAAACGACGAUUAUAAAAUAGAA